CGACACACGAAACCAUCGAGAGAAGAAGAAUAACAAAAGCAGCCACAGAUUUUCAGGGAAGUUACACAUCUUCUCCUGUCUCUAGGUCUACAUUUGCUUUAAUUUAGAAAAAUGUAACUGGAAAGAUAUUUCUGCGGUGUGGAGGCUUGUGUGGAGUAGUAGCUUCUCAAGACUAACGCUGCUCUUAUUUCCGUACUCGUUUUCGUUUGUAAAUUCGGCAGCUAAGCUAGUUUUGAGGUUAACCUAGCUCCUCUCCAGCUGGCUCGUCUGAGAUAAUCCGCCGGUGUUUAUCGUCCAAAUUGAACUGAUACCUCACCCUCACCUUGUCCGGUGCUAGUCAUCAGAAAGUGUAGAGAUGGGGAAUCUGAGCAGCAGGUUCCGAUACCCCUCACAGGGACCAGAUGAGGUUGCAGAGGGCACAAGUAGUAAGCAUGGAUGUGAGUGUAAGAAGAGGAAACGAAAUGCCCAGUGUGACUGCGAAAGUGAACAAGAGGAGGAUGAUGCCAUAUUAGACACACCUCGCAGGAAGAAACUGAAAAGCACGUCACGAUAUAUUUAUCAGACCUUGUUCCUGAAUGGUGAAAACAGUGACAUUCGCAUCUGCGCUCUGGGACAGGAAUGGAACCUCCACAAAGUGUACCUGUGUCAGUCAGGAUAUUUCUCCAGCAUGUUCAGUGGCUCUUGGAAGGAAUCCAACAUGAUGGAAAUCAACUUGGAGAUCCCAGACCAGAACAUCGAUACUGAAGCUCUGCAAGUCGUGUUUGGAUCCCUGUACCGGGAUGAUGUUCUGAUCAAGCCCAGCAGGGUUGUCAGUAUUCUUGCUGCCGCUUGUAUGCUACAGCUGGAUGGUUUGAUCCAGCAGUGCGGCGAGACCAUGAAGGAAAACAUCAGUGCGAAGACUGUGCGUGACUAUUUUGCUUAUGCCAGUAUCUAUGGCUUGGAGUCGGUCACGAAAAAGUGUCUUGAGUGGCUUCUUAACAACCUGAUGACCCACCAAAAUGUUGAACUGAUGAAAGAGCUUGGAGUGGAAGUGAUGGAGCAGCUCAUCCAGUCCUCGGACCUGUUUGUCAUGCAGGUGGAGAUGGAUGUAUACACUGCUCUGAAAAAGUGGAUGUUUCUGCAGCUCAAUCCUUUGUGGGACGGCCCAAUCAAGCAGCUUCUGGCUGACGCUGAUGCCUGGCUUUGCAAACGCAGAACAGACCUGUGUGAGAAAGAACCCUUCUUGAACACAGAGGAGGGUGCAGCUUUUCGCUCAGUGUUCAAGCAUGUUCGUCUCCAGUAUAUCAUCAACGAUUUGGCAUCCGCACGCAUCCUGGAGAGAGACAAUAUUUUGCCCCCUGAUUGGUUAACAUCCGUGUACAAAAACCAGUGGUUCGCUAUGCUCCGGACAGAAUUUGACAACGACAAUGGUCCCCAUGAAGCUAACAAAGAGGAGUUUGAGCUGAGCAGCAUGAGGUGUGGCAGGAAACUGACUAAAGAUGGAGACUACUGCUGGCGGUGGACGGGCUUUAACUUCGGUUUUGACCUGCUGGUAACCUACACUAACCGUUUCAUAGUCUUCAAAAGAAAUACUCUGAGUCAGCCAUGUGGGGGUGCUGUGAGUCUGCAACCUCGAAGGCAUCUGGCAUACAGGUUACGCCUCGCCUCCUUUGACAGCCGCGGAAAACUGGUCUGCAGCCGUUCAACAGGUUACCAGCUUCUCACACUUGAAAAAGACCAGGAGUAUGUGGUGAUGAACCUGGACAGCCGGUUGUUAUCAUUCCCACUCUACGUGUGCUGUAACUUCCUGUAUACGUCGCCUCAUUCGGACCACCGUCCAGAUUUGUCAGAACAAGAGAGCACUGCUCAAACCGUGUCUUGAUACACACUUCAGCAGCCAGUAACAGCUGCUGUUCCUCUGGUAAUACUGAGACACUGACAAGUUUGUAUGUACAAUCCACUGACACGUUUAUCAUCACUUUGACUUCAGGCAUAUCAUGUGCAUGCCGUGUAACUCAGUGAAAUGUUUAGGGAAAAUGUUUUGUAUCCACGUAUUCAGUGUUUUGGCACAUUCAGAGUUAGCAGCUUAUACUCUACCAUGACCAGGAAGGAUUAGGUCACCCUUGACCUUCAGAGCAGCUUCAAACCUGGUACUCUGUCAUGACCUCUCUGCGCUGUAGUGUCGGACUUUUUCUCGAGAUGGGAAAACCUGCAAGUCUCUGGACUCUUUCAGAUCUGACGACUGUGUGACCUUGGAAGAGUUACACUUUCAUAUGAAAACCUCUGUGGAGGUGGUUUAUCUGUGUUGUCUGGGCACAUAUUCACUCUGGAAUGUGGAAACAUCAUGAGAACAGUACCAGAAGGUGUAUGGGAAGUGUCAUAUCUGUUACUCCUUCUAACCAUAUAACAAUGGACUGUGGGUUGAUGGUCAGAGGUGUGGCCCUUGGCUUGACUGAUGGAUGCACUCAAAAACUCCACCAGCACAAGUUUUCCACUUGAUUCCUAAUCGUCAUGCAAAGCAGCACCCAUAGUUUGCACUGCCUUGAAUCGAUGGCUCCAUGUAGGAAGUGAACAAAAUACCACAUAUACCGACAGUGUCAUAAACCAUAUAGACUGAUAAUUGUAUUACAACAUUUCUCAUGACUCCGUUUGGCUGAGUCCAAAGGAAAAGGCACUGUCCAAUCUCUACCAAGACUUAAAAGUUGUUUAAAAAAAAAAAAGACCAAAGUCUGACACAGCAUUUCUACCACCUGUUGCUUUUUGAUUAUCAACUAUCAGACUACAGUCAACAGUUACCACUUGUGAAUGUUGAAAGAUGCAGUAAAAGCAGGAUCCACUUCUUUAGUGAACUGGAGAAAUCUGGUAUCACCUCUGCCAACGUUAAAUUUAUGAACGAAAACAUUGCUUCAAGUAAUAAAAGUAAACUAGCGAAGCCCAGUAAUCAUGCUGAGUGUGUGCAGCGGUGUACAGCUGGGGGAUUUUCACCCAUGUAAAGCAGACAUGUACUGCCAACUCAUUCUAAUCAGCCUGUAUAGCUGUGCCGUAACUGUCAUUGAGUUCAAAAUCUAAGGUGUUUUUUUUGUUUGGCAUUUAUUUAUUUUUUACUUCAUUUGUAUGAAUUUAUUUUUGCAAAAGGAAAUUGUAAACAAUUCUUGACAGCCAAUAAAAGUGCCCGUUCAUAUGGGCUGUGGUGCUA